AUGAUGACCAUCAAAACCACAACAACUCCGAGCAACAACAGCAAUAAUAACUCGUAUAAACGCAACUAUGCACAGGGAGUAUUUAGGAGCUCUGGAAGUAGUCAAGACUUGUUUAAAGACUCGUCAAAAUGUAGCGUAACUCUUCCUGCAAUUUCUUCACCAGCUUCCAAGCGCCUUAGUACAAGCACAGCUGCAGCCUCUACAAGAAACAAACGUGCUAGUAUUGGAAAUAGUGCGGCAACGAGUGGUACUAUUUCCAAUAAUGUUUGUUCUUAUAGCGUUGCAUAUAACAGCAGUGCCCAAUCAUCCCGAACCACCAGCAGAGGGAGUAGAGAGGAUUCAACUCCAUCAAGUGGAAGGAACAGUGAGGAAUUGAAUGGUGCCGAACUAGAUCAAGAAACAGUGUUGCAACUCGAUGACGAUACGCUUCAAUUCAUUUCUCUCAUGAAAAGGGAUAUGACUGUUCUUCAUAAAAAACUGAAUGAUUUCAAGGGAGACGAGAGGGGGCAACGAAUGACCUUGGAUGACUUUUCCAAUAUGUCACAAUGUAUUUUCCAUCAUGAUUGCUUCAAAACAAAAUAUUACCUGUUGGAGAUGUUUCUUGAGAAAAUUGUCGAAAUGCAAUAUCAUCUUCUGCAAAAAACUGAUCGGCUCAUCCCAGUUUCUAAACGAUUCAAAGUGAACAACAACAAUCCAAGUAUUUCUUCGAAAUUGCAAAAAUUCAUAGAAGUGGCUGAUAGAAUUGUGGAUGUCGUUGAUCAGUCCAGAAAUUCUUUCAAAGUUCAAACUCUUCAAAAAGAAACUCAGACUGGCACUGUUGAACUCAUUCACAAAAAAUCCAAUUCAGAUUCUCUUCUGACGUCUUCAGUUGACUCGAACGGCAUGGCUAAUGAGAAAGAAUUAUUGAGAAAACAAAAGCAUGAAUUGGAAGAGCAAACUUCAAGUUUGAGCACAAGUGUUUCCAAUCUAACAGAAAAGUUAAUGCAAACAAUGUUGGAAAAAUCAUCACUCGAAGAAAAGUUAAAAACCAUGUCCUUGAAAUAUGAGUCGACAAUUUCCAAUCUCAACUCUCAAAUUGAAAGUCUUAAAACAAGUAUUGCAUCCAUGUCUACUGAAAAAUCAUCUUUGGCAGAAAAAUUAAAUACUCAACAAGUUGCUUUAAAUGAAACAGUGAGUGACUUGAACCUGCAAAUACGGAAAGGAAUGGAACGUAUUCAGUACUUGGAAGAAACUAUCAGUGGGAAGGAUAAGGAAUUGGAAAUUCUCAGAAAAGAAACUGAGCUCAUGAGAAAAGAUGACCAUCUUCAGGAGAAGUAUUCCAAUCUUGUAAAGUAUAACACACAGCUAGAAAUAGACUACAAAGAGCUAAUGGAAGAAUGUAACCUUGUGAAAGAAUCAUCCUCCAAAAAUGAGGCUCUCUAUGAGAAUGCAAUGGAAACUCUUCACGAAAUGCAAGAAUCACAAAAGCGCCUCACCCAAGAAUUGUCAUUGAAAAAUGACACUAAAAAGCUUCAAUACAAGCUCGAGAUGGCAGAAAAAAUAGCCAUGCAAAAGGAAUUUCAGUAUGAAGAGUUGGUUAAGGAGUAUCAAAUUCUUUCGAUCGAGCUCGGCAUCCAUCAAAAGCAAAAUGAAAAUCUUAAAGAUCAGAUUAAAGUCAUGCAAAAAGAGAACCAACGUCUAAGUAAGCAAGAUCAAAUAGAAAGUGAUUCAAAGCAAGAAAUUGCCCUUGCCAGAAAGGAGUGUGAUGACAAGGUAAAAUCAUUGAAUGAAAAAAUCAAGGAGCUGCAAUUUAACCAUGUCAUGCAGUUGCAAUCUCUCAAUGACACGUUCAUACAGGAACGAAAAAUGAUGCAAAGAAAGGCUGACAAAUUCAAACAGAGAUGUGAUUUGUUAGAGGCCAGACUUAAUGAGCUAGAGCAGCAAAAAUAG